AUGCAUCUCUAUACGGUUCUUGGGUCACUGUCCGCUCUUUCUUUGGCUCUCGCAUCUCACGGUGCCGAACAUGGACAUAGUCAUCUCCAUAAACGCUCAGAUGAGACUGAAUAUGACUAUGUCGUAGUUGGAUCUGGUGCUGGGGGUGGCCCCGUGGCAGCGCGGCUGGCUAUUGCCGGACACAAGGUUCUUCUCCUUGACGCAGGAGAUGACCAAGGCAAUGCCACCGUGCAGCAGGUGCCCGCCCUCCAACUCCAAUCCACCGAGUACGAGCCGAUGAGAUGGGAUUAUUUCAUGACCUACCGCACUCCUGCUGGAGAUCUCCAUGUUGGCUUCAAUCCGCCGGGUGGCUCUGAACCCCUGGGUAUCUUAUACCCUCGAGCUGGCACCCUGGGAGGAUGCACCUCUCAUAACGCCAUGAUCACUAUUUAUCCGUACGAACAUGACUGGAAUCAUCUCGCCAGCAUCACCGGUAAUGACUCCUGGUCAGCCGAUAACAUGAGACAAUAUUUCGAGCGGCUGGAGAAGAAUCGAUAUCUUCCCAGCAGCGUGGCCGGCCAUGGAAUGGAUGGCUGGCUCAUGACGAGCUUGACAGACUUGAGACUGGUCAUCGAGGAUCAAAAGCUCCUCUCCUUGAUCCUCGCGGCCGCGACAGCCGCGGGCAAAUCCCUCCUGGAAAAGGUGCUCCUGCGUGAUCUCAACAACCCUUCCCCGACCCGUGAUUACGAGACCGGUCCAUACCAGGUGCCUCUUGCUGUAGAACUUCCGGAACACAGACGAACGGGUCCUCGCGAUUUCAUUUUGGACACGGUCAACGCAGUGAACUCGGAUGGAUCCCGCAAGUACCACCUCGACGUCCAGUUGAACACGCUGGUGUCCAAGGUUCAGUUUGAUACCUCUGCACCCGAGCCAAAGGCCACCGGAGUUGAGUAUCUCACCGGUCAAAGCCUCUACCGCAGCGUGAAGGCUUCCCGGGAAGUGAUUCUGGCUGCUGGCUCAUUCAACACCCCCCAGCUCCUGAAGCUCAGCGGAAUUGGUCCCCAGGAAGAGCUCUCGAAGCACGGUAUUAAAACACUGGUCAACCUGCCGGGCGUUGGCUCCAAUCUGCAGGACCGUUACGAGACGGGCGUCAUCGGCCAAUCGCCCACCGACUUCGUUCUCACGGAGAAGUGCACCUUCCUAUACAGUAGCCCCGACCCUUGCCUGGAGCAAUGGAAGAAUGGUACCCUGUUCAAGGGCACUUACACGACUAAUGGUAUUGCUAUUGCUGUCAUCCGCAAGUCGUCCACCGCCGACGACACACCAGACCUCCUUGUUUCUGGCGCGCCUGUCAAAUUCCCCGGCUAUUACCCCAACUACUCGUACGAGGGCCUGAAAGAGUCCAACCACUGGACCUGGAUCACCCUGAAGGCGCAGAGCCGUAACAACGCUGGCACUGUUGAGCUGCGCUCGACGAACCCUCGCGAUACCCCAGUCAUCACCUUCAACUACUUCGACACCGGAAAUACAACGGACGGUGUUGACGAGAAGGACCUUCAGGCUGUCCACGACGCCAUGGAAUUCUCGCGCACGAUCUUCCGCGAUUUGGUGCCGCUGGAUGGCGGGUUUACGGAAAUCUGGCCGGGCUCUAAUGUCACGGCUGGUUCUAAGCUCAAGGACUUUAUCAAGCGGGAAGCCUGGGGCCACCAUGCUUGCUGCACGGCGCCCAUCGGCGACGACUCUGACCCCAAAGCGGUUCUUGACUCGGACUUCCGAGUCCGUGGUGUGAAGGGGCUGAGAGUCGUGGAUGCGUCAGUCUUCCCUAAGAUUCCAGGAUACUAUAUUGCCCUACCUAUUUACAUUAUCAGUGAGAAGGCCGCAGACGUGAUCAUUGCUGAUGCUGCAUAA